AUGUUUGUGACGGCAAAGAGAUCUGUGAGCGUGAUCGGUGGUUGGCAUACUCCCAUGGAUGAAGAGCUCAGCCUGAAGCAACUGAAAGACUUCCAGAGAGGCGGAAAACGUCUCCGACAAAUUCAACUGUUGAACGUCGACCAGCUUCCUAUCAAGAAAAUCAAGACUGCGCCUCUGUCUUCAGGCGCGAUUAAGGAGGAGGCUUUGGGUAAGCCUCGAAAACAAUUAAUGGAGGAUGUUGAUGAUGAUAGUGAUAAACAUACUACCUUAAAGCUCUCUGGAAAAAGCCAAAGUACAGUGUCUAGUUCCGGGAAACAGAAUAAUAUUAUUGGAAGCAAAAAUUCCAGUGGACCGCAAAGCUUCGUUAGGGGAAACCAAGGACAAAAUCAAGGACAAGAUUCAGGAAGACCUAGCGAAAUCAUUGAGUAA